UUGCUCACUAAUUUAUUUUCGUGUAUUUUAGCGCGAUGGUUGCCUAUUGUACAGUUCAGACUAUCAGAUAUUGGUGAAGGUAUAGCUCAAGUACAGAUAAAAGAAUGGCACGUGAAAGAAGGUGAUCAUGUUGCACAGUUUGAUAAUAUUUGUGAAGUACAAAGUGACAAAGCAUCAGCAACAAUUACUAGUCGAUAUGAUGGAAUCAUUAAAAAGCUGCAUUAUAAUAUUGAAGACAUUGCGAAGGUCGGUACAACACUUGUCGAUAUUGAAGUGGUAGACGAGCAUGGAAACGUGCAUUCUGAUGUGCAAGAGGAGAUUCUCGAAGAUGUAAAGGAAAAUGUGGCAUGUACAAAGGGUGCUCAAGAGAGUGGUAAAAUUCUUGCAACACCAGCAGUUCGUCAUUUUGCUGAACUAAAAGGAGUGAAUCUGCGCGAUGUUAGUGGAACUGGUUCCGACGGACGCAUUUUAAAGGAUGAUAUUAUACAAUUUUAUGAAAGUCAAAAAGGCAGGUUUAAUUCAUGCUUUGGAGUGUUGGAAGAUGAUAAGAUAGUUCCAAUACGUGGUUAUACUCGUACAAUGAUAAAAUCGAUGACAGAAGCGUUAAAAAUACCACAUUUCAGUUUAUAUGAAGAGAUAAAUUUUGAUCAGUUGAUAGCAAUGAAGGAAGAACUGAAAAAAUUUGAAGGAAUGUACUCUGCACGUAUGACCUUCAUGCCAAUUAUUAUCAAAGCGGUUUCACUUGCCUUGAAUAAAUUUCCUAAACUUAAUGCUGUCACAGACGAAUAUCUAGAAAACAUUAUUUAUAAAGCUUUUAAAAAUAUAUCAAUAGCUAUGGAUACUCCAGAAGGUUUAGUAGUGCCAAAUAUUAAAAAUUGUGAGCGACGAACAAUAUGGGAUAUUGCUCAGGAGUUAGAUCGACUUAAAAAGGCCAGCAGUCAGAUGAAAAUAGCUUCAGAAGAUUUAAAGGACGGGACAUUUACUUUGUCUAAUGUGGGAAUGAUCGGCGGUACUUACUUGAAUGCGAUUAUAAUGCCACCUCAGCUUGCGAUUGGUGCGAUCGGACAGAUUUCCAAGUUGCCCCGCUUUGAUAAGGAUGGCAAAGUUUACGCCGCAAAUGUAGCUUAUUUCUCAUGGGCAGCGGAUCAUCGUGUAGUUGAUGGUGCAACUCUAGCUCGAUUUAGUAGCCAAGUUAAGCAGUACCUUGAGAAUCCGUAUUCUAUGCUGGCCGAUUACGAAUAA